AUGUGUCACUUCCGGGCCCCAGGAGGAAAAACAUUAAAGGAAAUUGAUGAUGUCUAUGAAAAAUAUAAGAAAGAAGAUGAUUUAAACCAGAAAAAACGCCUACAGCAGCUUCUCCAGAGAGCAUUAAUCAAUAGUCAAGAAUUGGGAGAUGAAAAAAUUCAGAUUGUCACACAGAUGCUGGAAUUGGUGGAAAAUCGGGCCAGACAAAUGGAAUUGCAUUCACAGUGUUUCCAAGAUCCUGCUGAAAGUGAGCGAGCCUCAGAGAAAACAAAGAUGGAUUCCAGCCAACCAGAAAGAUCUUCCAGAAGACCCCGCAGACAGCGAACCAGUGAAAGCCGAGACUUAUGUCACAUGACAAAUGGGAUUGAAGACUGUGAUGAUCAGCCACCUAAGGAAAAGAAAUCCAAGUCGGCAAAGAAAAAGAAACGUUCCAAGGCCAAGCAGGAAAGAGAAGCUUCACCUGUUGAGUUUGCAAUAGAUCCCAAUGAACCCACAUACUGUUUGUGCAACCAAGUGUCUUAUGGAGAAAUGAUAGGAUGUGACAAUGAACAGUGUCCAAUUGAAUGGUUUCACUUUUCAUGUGUUUCACUUACCUAUAAACCAAAGGGGAAAUGGUAUUGCCCAAAGUGCAGAGGAGAUAAUGAGAAAACAAUGGACAAAAGUACUGAAAAAACGAAAAAGGAUAGACGAUCGAGGUAGUAAAAGCCAUCCAUGUUUUAAAGGGUUAUUUGUCUUUUAUAUAAUUCGUUUACUUUCAGAAAAUGUUUUAGGGUAAAUGCAUAAGACUAUGCAAUAAUUUUUAAUCAUUAAUAUUAAUGGUGUAUUAAAAGUUGUUGUACAUUG